AAUUUUAAAACAUCACGUAGCGGAGUGCGGCGUGCGAGAGAGAGAGAGAGCGCGUCUCGUGAUCUUAACGCGCCACCCCCGUAUAACGGCGUCGCAUCCAGACGCAUCGUAAUCGCGUCGUCGACGUCGCGACGCCCGUUCCCGCCGCGAACGCGCCGCCGUCCCGAGUUCCGGCGUCCGCCGCCAGAUGGAUUCCAGUGCGAGACAACGUGCACCGGCACUUCAGUUCAGCUCUAACCCAACGACCGUUCACAUUAUAUUAUUAUAUUGUAUUUUCAGACCCGGUACCUCGCGACCUUCUUUUGGUACUCACCCGGUAACAUUUUUUUUCGCUCCCCCAUAAUCCAGCAUACGUUUCAUCUUUUUUUUUUUUUUAAUUAAUUUCCGAGUGUUUCUUUUUCUGUUUUCGCGUGCGCUACCAUGACCUCCUAGAGGGAUGUCAUUUUCCGCAAGUGGUGUGCUUUUACGGUUGGAAAAUGAAGAGUCACCCCCCGGAGGUACUGCUGCCCCGGUACCUGGAUAUCAGAAUCAUUAUCCGACACAUUAGUGCAGCUUUUUAAAUAAACCCGCCCCUAUUAUUAGACAUGUAUAAAAUAUCGUAUUACGAAAGAUGUGUAUGUUUUUUAUACUUAGCCGUUUUCAUUUGCUACGGUUUCCCCAUAGAUGAUGAUAGUACCAAAAUGACACGAUCAAACGACUCUCUGUUAUCGAGUGAGAAAAAAGGGCAUAUCGAGGCCACAGUGUACGAAAAUAUCAAACGAAUCAGCCGAUCAUCAAAACACAACAACAUUAAGGACUGCCAUAAUAACCAAAUGAUGGUACAUUAUUCCGCAAAAGCGUACCAAUCGGAUGUGGUGUUGCUCGCGAAAGUGCAAGGGAUCGAACGGACAAAUUUGACGGUCAGUUUUCGGGUAGUGGAGCCCCUAAAAGUGCCCGACUCGUUGCCGAUUUAUGAUAGUUUGACCCUCGAGUUUUCCAAUCGGGUUCUGGAAAAUUGCGAGAGGAUGCGUCGUGGCGGCAACGGCGGUGGUGCUGGUGGUGGUAGGAGGAACCUAGUCAAAGGGAACGAGGAGUACAUCCUGUUCCUGAAGGUGAAAGGGAAUAACAAGUUGGUGCCCGCGUAUUUGCCCGAGUGGAUCCCUUCGAAGAGCAAACGGAAGAGGCAGCGGAAUAACAUGCUGAAGAUGUUGGAAAGAGUUUGCAAUCCUUCAUUUCAAGUAAAAUCGUCCACAAUCAAACACCUGGAGAACAAAUCGUCGUGGGGUCUGAAAAAGAACAACAGCCGAACAGAACGGAAAAAAACGAAGAAACUGAAACUCAGCUGCCAGGCCGGCGGUCUACCGAUUCCGACGAUCACGUGGCGACGGAGCGGCGUGCCAUUGGUCAACAGUUCGCACGUGCGCAUCAAUUAUGUAAAGAGGAGGCGGAGCACGCUGGUGAUCGUGGCGCCGACGCAGGCCGACUAUGGCCGAUACGAGUGUAGCGUGACCGGCGUCGAUGGUCGAACCGACACGAAGGAGGUGGAGGUGCGCGGACCCGCUGCGCAACACCGUCAGACUCCAUUCAGUGAGGAUUCUAGACGAAGGUGUGACGAAUCGACGAAAAAUGGAUUUUGUAUGGAACAAGGGAUCUGUUAUAUCGAUGCGAAUGAAGUACAAUUUUGCGAAUGUAACGAAGGAUGGAUCGGAGAACGUUGCCAAGAGAAAACCCCCCCGAACCCAGCGAGUAGGUAUCCCCAAACUCCGGCUUACGCAUGUAAUCUCGGACUGUUCACCAAAGAUUACUGCUCGUGAAUAGAAAAUCCCCAAUUUCUUUUGUUACCGCCGCGUUUUUGUAAAUAAUACAAUUUCUUUGAUUAUAAGGGAAAACAGUUGUAUAUUUGUACAUGAACGUUGAUUUUUUUUUCUAAGACUGUGUAUUUAUAUUUUGUAUACAAUAAUUUGAUAUUCGGUCUGGAUGUGGGUAUCAUGCCGUCUGAACUAAUAUAGUAUUUAUGUUUUUUUUUGUUAAUUAUAUACUGUGUAUAUAUAUUUUUUUAUUGGCAUCAGUUUAAAUAAUAGUUUUAUAGUUCCGGUGGCAAACUGGUGUAGAUUGAGGGCUGACAGAAGGGAAACAAUCCAUAUUUCUUACACACAAAUGUCUUUAAUACUCUAUUACUCUUAACAUUUUCUUUUUUCUAGACAAUCAUUGCUUAAAUUCCUUAUAAAACUUCUAUUGUACUGAAAAUACCAAAUAUAUUCUGUCAGCUCCCAAAAGUUACAAAAGCAAAUCCCAACCCCAAUAAAGACCGAUAUUUUACUACUUAUUUCUUUUGUAUAAAAAAAAGCAAAACCAAAACCUCACUGUAGAUAUAAAAUUAUUAAUUUAUUUAUUACAUCUAUACUCACAACAAACUCUGACUUAACAAAACAAAGAAAUCGAAAGUCUAGCUGUAAAAUUAUUUUUUUGGACUUUUAAUAAAACCAACGUGACUUACCAAACGUA